AUGGCUCAGCUACUACUGCCACAUACGCUUCACUCUCUGCAUAUGAGGCGGGGGGCAUUUAUUGCUCAGACAGAUUGCCCUUGUCACUUGGCUUUAACUGAAUUAUACUGUGGCAUCUCAGCCGUCAUUAAGAGCGAUGGCACCUUCCGCAUUGCAUUGGCAAUAUACGAUGCGCUCUACCUGAGAGACUUCCAUGAUGCAGACGUUGUAAUUAACGAUAAAACCGGUGUUGAUGGACUUACUGAUCAUCUCAUCGACUACCUCAAGUCAUAUGAGCGUGGAAAGUUGGCAAAGUUCAUCGGCUGCGGUGUCUUGAGUUCCGUGUUAGAUCACAGUAAGCUCAUCUGCUCCCGUCUAUGGCUGGAGCUGGACAUCGUUCCCAUUGUCAUUCCAGCUCCCGCCGAGACUAAACACAACGGGCAUUGGGUAGCAAAGCCUGUUGAUGAACUGGCCGAUUCCAUGGCCCGCAAGUCCAUCAUGUCCUUUGGGCCCUCUACUAUCCCUAGACUUCAGGUCGGCUGGCAUGGUGUCGUGCAGGUCUCCCUCAGCGGUUUGGCCCAUCUAGCUCGACUACAAGACUACAAGGGAAUAUGCUCACCGGGGACAUGGGAAACGAUGAUAUUUUUUGCAGACAAGAUCCGAGAGAGGCGUAUCAAGAUGGCCUUCUUCAGUGCCUCGCCGCAGGGAGGUGGAGUUCCAAUUGCACGUCAUGCGCUUAUUAGGUUUGCCUCUCUGCUUGGCCUACCCAUUACAUGGCAAGUGCCCAAGCCUCGGCGAGGUGUCUUUGGCGUCACGAAGACCAUCAAGAACAUACUCCGAGGCGUUGAGCCAAAUCAGCGCAUGGAAUGGCUGGACAGAAACUCAAUUAUCGACUGGGUUACUGAAAAUGCCAAACGAUACUGGCUUAUACAAGACGGGCCCCUUCUAUCACCAGAGGAGGGCGGCGCUGACAUUGUGAUUAUUGACGACCUGGAGAUGAUUGGAUUAAUACCCCUGGCAAAGGCAGCCGCACCAAAUCGCCCCGUAUUGUAUUGCUCCCACAUUCAAAUGAGAAAUGACCUAAUCGCAAGAACGGGCACUCUCGAGAAUGAUAUUUGGGGCUUUGUCUGGGAUCACGUCAAGCAUGCCGAUGCCUUCCUCACUUAUCCCAUCCAGGAGUCGCUCCCGGCUGAGGCGCCUCGAGAAAAGGUUGGGUAUUUGUCACCAACUUUCGACUGGUUUGAUGGUUUGAACAAGAGUCUUAGUUUGUGGGACACGGGAUUCUACACGCAUUUCUACAAUUCCCAGUGUUAUAAGUUCUACAUGACGGAGCUCAGAUGGCCUUCCCCGAGCUUCGAGUCUAAGCAGGAGCUCUUCGAAAUCUUUAGCUACUAUGCGGAAUUUCGUUGCCUCAUUAGUGACAAAAACGUCAACCCUCCCCAGCUGGUAAUCUGCGGUAAUAGGUCUAUAGACGAUCCAGACAGAAAGCUCGUUUACGAGGAUGCUAGGAGGGAUCUAGAGCACGUCUAUAGGCGCUUCCAGCGAGACAUCAGCAUAAUGAUACUAGGAGAACGCGACCAAGUGUUGAACAUCCUCGUCAGAAACUCUCAUGUUGUGUUGCAGGUCCCCUCUUCCGAAGAUGAUGAGUUCAAAGUAGCACAGGCUCUACACGCAGGCCGUCCCGUCAUAACGUCGCCGAUUGACGGUACUUCAAUUCAAAUCCAGGAUGGAGUGAACGGAUUUAUCGUUCGACCAGGGGACCGGGCGGCUGUGGCAGAACAUUUGAUGUGUCUUUUCACUGACAAAAGGCUACACGAGGGAAUGUCUGUAGCCGCUCGAAAUGGAAUGAGUGAUGAACUCACUACCGUUGGAAAUGCUGCUGCUUGGAUGAGGACAAACUCCAAGAUCGCUAUCGUGGGCGUUGGCCAAGUCGGGGGGGCUGUGGCGAACGCCAUUAUCCUUACAUCUAUUGCCAACGAAGUACUUCUGGUUGAUACUGAUGUCAGCCGUAGAGACAGCCAGGUCCGGGACCUCGCCGACGUGGCUUUCAGCCAGAAGGAAGACACUAAUGUGAGGGCAGCGACCUAUGCGGAAGCUGCUCAAUGCGACAUCAUCGUCAUCACGGCUGGAUCUAGACAUUUUAUCGGUCAACCCAGCAUGGAUUAUACCGAUAGGAACAUUUCAAUUGUACGGAGCAUAAUGAAAGAAAUGUCCCCUUUUAGAUCCGAUGCCAUCAUAAUAGUUGUGGCGAACCCUGUGGACCUCCUUACAUCCAUUGUUCAAGAGCUGUCCGGGCUGCCAAGACAUCAGGUCCUGGGCUCUGGGACCUUUCUUGAGUCCAUACGGCUUCGGGGUAUCGUGGCUAGCGAGCUCAAGGUUGCUGCGAAUUCCAUUGAUAUCUAUGUCUUGGGUGUGCAAGGUGAAUCCCAAGUAACGGCAUGGUCGAUGGCGAGGCUCGGAGGCAGCCCCCUCAGCAAGGCAAUGCCGCCCAAGAGCCUUGAUUUUGACAAGAUUGCAGACGAGUGCCGUGAGAGAGCCCAGAUGAUCAUGCAAGUCAAGGGAGCGACACCAUAUGGCAUCGCUUCGGUUGUAGCGAGUACCUGCCGCUCUAUACUCUUGGACAAGCGAAAUGUGCGCCCGCUGAGCCAUUUCCAGCCCGAGUUUGGCUGCUGCUUUAGCCUUCCCGCACUCAUCGGAAGGCAAGGAGUGAUAGGUACCAUCCAUCUGGCCCUGGACGAUGCGGAGGACGCACACAUUAGCGACUCGGCCAAGAAGCUGAAGGGGCGUCUUGAGAGUGUCAAGGAGAACGUCCUGGAAGAUAACUAG